CUUUUAGUAGAAAUUUUGGAUUUUAGCUGGAAGACUGGCCCUUCUGGUCUGUAUAGUGAUGUUAUUCUGGUGAACAUGAGACAUGCUUGUGGAGGGAUUAUGGAGGGUAGCGGGUGGGUGAUCGUUCUUGUGGUGAGAGACAUAGCAAAAUAUAACCCUACGAGCGAUUUUUAAGGCAGCGGAUUGGGGGUUAGGUCGGUUUCAGUGAAACAUGAUCUUGUUAAACCCUUUAGUUACCCUCUUCUUUUCAGACUGUGGCUUUGGGAUUUCUGAACAAUAAUAAAUUGCCUUAUUUGAUGCAAAGUUCAGGUAGAUCAGCCCUAUUUCAGACUUAAUUCUGCAAUUUGAAUAGAAUGAAGUGGUUAUUUAUAGAUUUUAGCAGUUGGUGCUCUUCUGCUGAAAACUGGUGAGGAGACUUCAGCUCUUCUCAGUUUGUAUACAGUAUUGCAAACUCUUCUCUUAGAGACAGCCCCUUCUUCAAUGAGAACAUGUACAAAGGAUCUUCUUUAAUAUAACUUUUAGAACUAAUGUCCUUUCUUGUUGAAAGAUGUAUAAUUCUCCAAAUUUUGUGAGGCUCUUCUAUCGAUUGAGUCUUCAUGAUAAGUUCUUGGUUCACUUUACUCGUAGGGAUAGCUCCUGGCUUUAGUUUGACAUAUUCAAGAUACUCUAUUGGAGCUUUUGUGACUAAAAUUAACAAGAAGUAGUUACCUUUGCUUGAGUUAAGAGGGUACUUUACUUUUUCAUCUCCCAAGUUGUUAGAAUUUUCUCUCGAUUUGAAGAGAGGCUUCACCUUAGUGCUAACUGCUGGACUCUUUGUAACAAUUAUUCUCUGUUUCUUUGUCAAUCAGUUCAAAAAUUUCUUCACAUAAUUGCUAUUGGAAUGCAUGUACUCUUUAUGGAGGUGCCUGAGGUACAUCUCCUCACUGAUUUUCGCUCUAAAGCAAUCUUUAACUGACUCAAUAAAGUUAAGUUGCUCAGGACGGGCUAUAAUAGAGGUAGUUGUAGGAGGAGUAGAGCAGAUGACCCAUGGUGCAGAAUGAACAGGAGAUGGUGGUAGCUUUUGCAGAUUGAGAUUUUGAGGAGAAAGAAGUGAGUUUAGGCGGUCUAAAGUGGAGUGAAUUUGCUUAUUUUAAGGCAACAGGAUCGUUCCAUUGAGUGAUAGAAAGAAUGUAGGCCUUGGGAGAGGAUUUGGAGGGGCGGAGGCUGAAUUGGCGUCUGGAGUUCAUUUUGGAAUUUAAAA